UUAAAGCUUAUUAAAGUAAAUAACUAAAAACGCACGUUUGAACACAAAAAUAUCCCACAAUUUUAACACUUUCAUACAACAACCACAACAAUAUUCCCCCCUUCCCUUUUAUUUAUUUUAAAUAUGAACUACCUACACAUCAUUUUUUAACCCUUACUCCACCCCAAACAUUUUUCUAUAAACAUUCUGAUUAUUGUAUUAUAAAACGAUGUUUGAACGUUGAACGAUAUGCCGAAUUUCAAAAUAAAAUGUUGCUGUUGAUGACGAUUGCCAAUAGUCCUACUGGAAAACGUAUUGAUAGUAAGCCACAGUUGGCACGUCAUUUAGGAGAUGCCAUAGAUAUAAGCAGUUUUGAUUUUCAAAAAGGCAAAUUUAUUCAACAUCUACCAUCACCCUCGAUAUCAUUAUACCGCUGUUUACCUGCCAUCACCUCAGUGGUAAGCAGUAGUAGCAGUGGUGGGGGUGUUGGUGGAAGCACUGGUAGCAGUGCUAGCAUGACAGUUGCUGGUAGCGCUACAUUGCCAACCUUGGGUGGUGGUAUUACUAUAAUACCAUCACAUCAUCCUUCGGUGGGUCAUAAUUUAAAGCGUAAACAUAGAAUGGGAUCACAAGCAUCAGCCUUGUCAUCUUCCUCUUCAAUAGCCAGUCAUCAUAAUCUUUUAAGUUCUUGCACAACGAUGACCACGACGACAACAACCUCAACAAAUUUGCCACUCAAGCAGCAACAAUUAGAAUUCAGUCGUGCUAUGCGUACAGAUGUCUCUUUGGUGCCACCCAUACGUCAGACUGCCUCCAUAUUUAAGCAACCCGUUACCGUUAUACGCAAUCAUGAAAAUAGUAAAACAAAAAAUGACACCAAACAACAAGGCGCACAACAACAACAAGACAAACCCAAGCAAUUAUUUUGGGAAAAACGUUUGGAAUGCAUGAGAGCUUGUCACGCAACGGGCGAACAAUUCGAUGAUAUUGUAUUGCCCAAAAGUCUAAAACCUUUGGGGCCCAAUGUUCAUGAACAGACUGUUAUGCAAUCACUAGCCACCGCUUUGCAUGUACUCAAUACACCCGUUACUGGACAAACUGCAACUAAGACUGAAUUUCAAAAAAACGCCACAGCUUUCAUCAAUCCCGAUCAGCCCUUGAUGCAGGGUAUUCUCAUAUCUGAAGAUGAUAUACGACGGCAAGAGGAUCGUGUUAGUGUGGCACGAAAAAAAUUACAAGAAGCUUUAAAAGUUUAAGAUCUAACACACACAAAAAGUAUGAUUAGUUGAUAAGUAUAAAUUACAAAUUAUAUACAAUAACAAGAAAAAAAAUUAAAAGUACUAAUAAAUUUCGAAUUCAAAUUAAAAAUUGAAAUUGAAAAGGACAACAAUUUUUCGAUCCAGAUAGCAGGGACAAUUUAGCUGAUUUCCAAUGGUGCUAAACUUUCAACUUAAUAUUUCUCAAAUAAAGUAAUUAAGAAAAAACAUUUCAUUUUAGAUUUUAAUAAUUAACAUAACUUGAAUCGUUUUUAUUUCGAAAAAUAAAUGUGUGUAUAACAAACCAACAAUUAAAUCAAAAUAAGAGAAAAAAUACUAUAUAUAAUUAAAAUUUAAUGCUAGUAAUGCUAUUUUUCAAAUGGCAACUAAAAACUUUUUUCAACAACAUUACUAACAUGCAUAUUACCAA